GUUUAAUCCACCAAUAACCACACCAUCUUCACUUUCACCUAGGACUCUGCCCCCACUUUCUGAAGGCAAUAAAGCCAGCAUAAUGUUCAACUCUCUGUCUCUUUUUCCUUUCUCUCUCCUCUCUCUUUCUUCCCACCUUCUCUGAUGAAAGUCUCAACACAAAGCACCUUCUUCUUCUUCUCUUAUUGACUUAUGGCCACCACAGAGACUCAUUUCUGGAUCUUCUGGUGUAAAGACCUUUAAAAGUUUAGUAUUUGUCAACUUGAACUGGUGUAUAGUGCUAGAGAGUAAAGUUUGAAACCUAUCUUGUUACUUUCAUCGUCAGAAGCUUACAGGUUGCAUCCAUAUUUUUUCUCCUUGGAAAAUGAUGAUGAUGUUUGAUGAGAUGGGGCUUUGUAAUAAUUUGGAUAUGAUAUCUGCUCCCCUUGGAGAGGAGGAUAUUACCACCCGGCAAACUGAUCCUGAGGUAAUUGUUGAGGAUGAUUUUACUGAUGAAGAAAUUGGGGUAGAUGAACUCGAGCAGAGGAUGUGGAAGGACAAAAUGCGUCUCAAGCGACUGAAAGAACAAAGUAAAUCUAAGGAAGGAAUUGAUGCAGUGAAGCAGAGGCAGUCCCAAGAACAGGCUAGGAGGAAAAAGAUGUCGAGGGCUCAAGAUGGAAUCUUGAAGUACAUGCUGAAGAUGAUGGAGGUUUGUAAGGCCCAAGGAUUUGUCUAUGGGAUUAUUCCUGAGAAGGGAAAACCGGUGACUGGGGCAUCUGAUAAUCUUCGUGAAUGGUGGAAGGAUAAAGUCCGGUUUGAUCGAAAUGGUCCUGCUGCCAUAGCCAAGUAUCAAGCUGAUAACACUAUCCCAGGGAGGAAUGAUGGAUGCAAUUCCAUUGGUCCAACUCCACACACCUUGCAAGAGCUGCAGGACACAACCUUGGGUUCUCUCUUGUCGGCACUCAUGCAGCACUGUGAUCCCCCUCAGAGGCGGUUUCCAUUGGAGAAGGGUGUUCCUCCACCAUGGUGGCCCACAGGGAAUGAAGAGUGGUGGCCCCAAAUCGGUUUAUCAAAAGAUCAAAAUUCUCCUCCUUACAAGAAGCCUCAUGACCUGAAGAAGGCGUGGAAAGUCGGUGUUCUGACUGCAGUUAUUAAGCACAUGUCUCCUGAUAUUGCAAAGAUUCGCAAGCUUGUGAGGCAGUCCAAAUGUCUUCAAGAUAAGAUGACAGCAAAGGAAAGUGCAACCUGGCUUGCAAUCAUCAAUCAAGAGGAGGCCUUAGCAAGAGAGCUAUACCCUGAUUAUAUCCCCCCAUUAGCCUCAGCUGGAGGUAGUGGAUCUUUGGUGAUCAAUGAUAGCAAUGAGUAUGAUGUUGAAGGGGGUGAGGAUGAGCCUAACUUUGACGUGGAAGACUGCAAACAUGAGAAUCUUCACACAUCCAAUCUUGGGAUGGAAAGAGUGAGGGUAACUCUGCCAGUUCAACAGCCCUCUUUUUCAAUAAAGGGAGAGACUGUUACAAAUUUGGAUUUCAUUCGGAAGAGGAAGGUUUCUAAUGACUUCAACAUGAUGGAUCUGAAAAUUUACACAUGUGAACACCCUCAGUGCCCUUACAGUCAAGUUCGCCUCGGUUUCCCUGACCGAAUUUCAAGGGACAACCAUCAGUUGAUUUGUGCUUAUAGAGGUACUUCAGAUUUUGGGGGUCCAAGUUUUCCUGUUAAUGAGAUAAAGCCAGUCGUACACCCCCCGUCCUUUGUUCAACCCAAAUCUACUGCUCAGCCUGGUAGUAUGGUUCCACCUGUUAUUGAUCUAACUGGACUUGAAGUUUCAGAUAAUGGCCAGAAAAUGAUUACUGACCUUAUGACUAACUAUGACACAAAUGUUCGAGGCAACAAGAAGACAAGUUCCUGUAAUCACUUAGCUGCAGAAAAUUUCGACCUUCCUCAGCAUGCCAUGCAGCAGCAACAGGACAACUUCAUUCGCGGUCAAGGAAUCACUGCAGAAGGCAACAUCUUUGAUGAAGCUAACAUGCCCAACAAUCAUCACAUGUUUGCAAGAGAAGAAGGUCAAUUUGACCGUUUCAAAGCUUUGAAUGCUCCCUUUGAGACCAAUCACAACAACAACAACUUCCACUCAAUGUUUGGUUCCCUUUGUGAUUUGGCAUCAUUUGAUUUCAAGGAGGAUAUGCAAGGAGUAGGGAUGGAUACUCUUCAGAAACAGCCAGAUAUUUCAAUAUGGUACCAGUGAAAAUGACAAGUUGAAUCUGGAAGCUCGUUAUCCACAUCAUGAAUUCUUAUUUUCAUGUGAUGUUCCUUCAGCCAAGUCUUACUGGAAUUUUCUUCACAUGUAAUUCUGUAGGCCUAGUAGAACUAGAUAUUUUUGACUUAUCCUUUACAGGUCUAGUAGUUGUUACAAUAAAAAACUUAUAUGUUUAGCCCUUGUGUGCUUUUUUUUUUUUAUCAGUCUAGCCUUGUUACUUAAGAUUACUAUUCUAUGCAAGACUGGGAUAUAAAUAAGAGUUGAAGUUUCUUCCAAA